UUCCGACAGUACUUGAAUCCAGCACCCACUACAGUUGCCAGUUUGUAUAGGUUUGUUCUAUAUUUGUGCCGACGGGCAGCUGGAAAGUUCCCACUGCGUUUGUGUGUGUGCAGUUGUUGAGCAAGGUGAUCAACAGGCAGAAACAUGCCCGCUAGAAGGAAAACCGCUAAAAGUGCUUCAAGCAGCUUCUGGAUGAAGUCCCUCGGGCAUCUGCUGGCAAUCUCCUGCCUGUGCAGUGUGAUAUCUGGAUACUCUGACAGAGAUAGAGCACAUGACUUGAUGUUUGUGUAUCCUCUCAUUGAUGGUCACAAUGACCUGGCUCUCCAGCUGAGGAUCCUUCACAACAAUCGGCUUAGCCAAAUCGACCUUCACAAUGUUAACAAAGUGGCCACAGACAUCACCCGGCUCCAAGAGGGCCGUGUUCAGGCACUGAUGUUUGCAGUCUAUGUGAUGUGUGGGGCCCAGGAGAAGGACGCCGUGAGGCUGACGCUGGAACAAAUAGAUGUAGUCAGACGCAUGUGCACAGAGUACCCGGACUUUGAGCUGGUCACAUCCGUCCAGGAACUACAGAAAUCUAAGGAUAGGCGAAAGAUAGCCUGUCUCAUUAGCAUUGAGGGGGGCCACUCUAUUGACAGCAGCCUGCCGGCCCUGCGGAUGUUUUACCAGCUUGGGGUCCGCUCCAUGGCCCUCACACACACCUGCAACACACCCUGGGCUGAAUCGUCCUCAAAGCUUUAUAAUGUCUUUCAAAGAAAGAACAACAGUUUGACAACCUUUGGGAAGGCUGUGGUUGAGGAGAUGAACAGACUGGGAAUGAUAGUGGACCUCUCUCACACUUCUUGGGACACAGCCCUGGCCGUGAUGAACCAUUCCAAGGCUCCUGUUAUUUUUAGCCACUCGUCUUCCUUCUCCAUCUGUGACAACACCCGCAACGUACCUGACAGUCUGCUGCACGAGCUGAAAAAGAACAGAGGGGUGAUCAUGGUGAAUCUCCACAGCAAUUUCAUUUCCUGCAGAAAGGAGGCGAACAUCUCUAAUGUUGCUGACCAUUUUGAUCACAUAAAGAGCGUGAUUGGAGCCGAGUCGAUUGGAAUUGGUGGGGACUUCGAGGGCGCCUCGAGUUUUCCUCGGGGGUUAGAGGAUGUGUCGAAGUAUCCCGCCCUAAUCGAGGAACUCCUGCGCAGGAACUGGACUGAGCAUGAGGUGGCCGAUGUCCUUCGAAGGAACUUCGAGCGAGUGUUCGAGGAGGUGGAGAGGGUUCGUGAUGAGCUGAGGGAUAACCGGCCCAGUGAGGUCCAGAUCCCCGUGGAGGAAGUGCAGAACUCCUGCAGGCUGGUCCUCAGACCUCCUACACCUAAAGGACUGCCCUCUGACCAGAUUUCCUCCUCCAGAGCCCUUCAGGGACCAAGAGGUCUGCUAAUCUUAUCCACCGUUCUGCAGCUCUCCAGGUUGAUUAUGACUGAAUGAAUGUGAAGAAACUCAGACCUGCUGCAGCUUCUUUUUUUCUUCCUUUUCCCUUGUGCAAUGUAAAUAAGAAUGAGAUUGCUGGAGCCAUUUGUUGGUCUUCCCAGCCCCUCUUCAGGUCAGUAAAGAUAAGAGCAGAUUAAUCACUGUCUCACCACCAAUACAAAACAUUAUUGAAAGAGUAGCACCAUUUGGAAGAAGGGUGUAUUUUUUGUUUUUGUUUGCAAAGGUCUUUUUUAUAUUAAUUGUUGACCAGUGAGCAGCAAGUGAGGUCACUAAGGCCAGGUGAUGCCAUAAUAAACAGUGCAAUGUAAAGUACAAAAUCACACUUACCAGUUAUUGCUAUACUAUCAUUCAAAGGUAUUUUAUGAAGCGCUUCAACAAAGUAGUCCAGGAUGAGCGAUUUAUAAACAGAUGUUACUUUUAUUUAUUUUUUCUUACAGCAUAAUAAGAAAUCACGGCAGCUUACAAAAAGGAAAAAAAUAGUGUGUAACUUUGUGUUAACUGUUCUGCCCUUUGGCCAAACAGACGACUGCCUUGUUUUUUUUCUCAUUUAAAUAUUUACACACAAAAACAAACGACUGAAACAGAAUCUUUAACUCCGAGCAGCAGUUAGUCAAAGCAGCAGUGUGGAAAACCUGCCUUGUUAAUAUUUAGAUUCAAUACUGCGCGCCUGCAAAGGUGAUAGGAAUUUGUUUCGGUGAGCUCACUUUGAUUUGAUUUGGGUUUUUUUUUAUUGACUUCUUAUUCUCACAUUGCUCCUGAAAGUUAAUACUCGUCAUAACUUCAUUAAAAAUACUGUGAAAGUAAAGUUUCCAUUUAAAGAGUGUAAUUUGCCAGAAUUGUAGUGAGCAGAAAAAUCUGGAUUGCUGAAAAAAAUAGAAUUAAAUGUGAAGCGAUGACAAGCACUUUUCUUAGCGUUGUGUUAUUCUUUUUUUUAUAUAUAUAUAUAACUGCACAUCUUGUCAUGGUUUAUCCCUUAUGAAACUUACAUAAACACAUGGAUGUCUGGAAUACUGAUCAUAUCAUAUAUACUUUUAUAUGACAACAAAACGGGGUCUGAAAGUAGUUGUAAGAUUUCAGUCAAGUUAACGUGGAAAAAAAUUCUCCUUGAGCAGCUGCUCCGUCAGAAAUAAAAAGGGUGGACGCUAAAACACUGACAACCACGAUAUAUAGAAAAGGAUUUUCAGAAAAACAAAAUGAAAACUAUAAACACUAAUAGCAUCAGAAAUGGGAUUGGAAUUCAUGAAAAUCUUACAGCUCGUUCACCCCUGGUAUUAAAAGUGGCAAGAUCUAUAUCUGGGCACGUUAUCCGGAAAGGAAAAAUGCAUGUUAAUGGUGUAAAUGUGCCGUGAACAGAGUAUAAUUGGAUCUGGAGGUGUUCUGGCUGGCAUUGUGUUUGGAUCUUAGGCUUGGUACAAACGCAAUCAGUACGACGUGCUGGCAUCUGUAUACAUCCUAACACUAAUACAGAUAUUUCCUUUAGCUAAAUUAAGUGUAGGUCAUUGAUCAAAUUUUAAAAAAUGAAAGAAAGAAGAAAGAAAGAAACAUUAAAUGUCUACUCUGCGCCGGGAAUGUGUCAGAAGCGGUGCAGGUGGAAAAUGAUCGCAGCUGAUCUGCUGAUAACCAAGCUUAUAUAUUUUAUCUAGUCAUAAAAUAGCCCGCAAACCAGGACAAGUUGACUGUGUAUGUUUAUAAGAGACAGGACUAACUUAUUGUAUUACAAAUUUACAAGAGGGGAUAAAUAGGAUGAGUUUGUUGUACACGUAGUUUCACAAAGUUUAUAAAGUUUCCUCGGACUCAACAAGCCACAUUACUCCAUGAUUUGUUAAGGGAGCCUGGGGCUGAUUCACAGCUGCGCCAUAAUUCCUCACGGAGGACAGAGAUCCGAUCUCAAUGUGGAUAACAACAACGCACUAAAUAAUACCGGGCGUGAAUGCAAAGGCGAGAUCAGAUCUUUUUUUCUUAUGGAAAACGUAUCCAGAUAUGGAUCACUUUUAAUACCAGGUGUAAAAGGUGUCAAGGAGAAAGAUUAAGGAAUCUUUUUUUUUUUUUUU